GCAUGCGAUGAGCCAAUCAGCGGCGGGCACUCUUCCGGCUCCACGUCGGCAGCGGCGGAGGCAAAAUGGAGGCGCUGGUGCUGGAGCCGUCCCUGUACACGGUCAAGGCCAUCAUCAUCCUGGACAACGACGGCGAGCGGCUCUUCGCCAAGUACUACGAUGACACGUACCCCAGCGUGAAGGAGCAGCGCGCCUUCGAGAAGAACAUCUUCAGCAAGACACACCGCAGUGACAGUGAGAUCGCGCUGCUGGACGGGCUCACCGUGGUGUACAAGAGCAGCAUCGACCUGUACUGCUGUGUCAUCGGGAGCGCCACCCAGAACGAGCUGAUGCUCACGGCCGUGCUCAACUGCCUGUUCGACUCGCUGAGCCAAAUGCUGAGGAAGAACGUGGAGCGCCGGGCGCUGCUGGACAACAUGGAGGGGCUGUUCCUGGCCGUGGACGAGAUCGUGGACGGAGGGGUCAUCCUGGAGAGUGACCCCCAGCAGGUCGUGCACCGCGUGGCCGUGCGGGGCGAGGACGUGCCCCUGACAGAGCAGACGGUGUCACAGGUGCUGCAGUCAGCGAAGGAGCAGAUCAAGUGGUCGCUGCUGCGUUGAGGGGACCCCCCCGGGACCCCCAAAACCUCCUGGGACCCUCCCAGGACCCCCAAAAAACCCCUGGGACCUCCCCAGGACCACCCAAAACCUCCUGGGACUGCAACGAGACCCCCAAAAUCCCCCCGGGACCCUCCCAGGACCCCCAAAAAACCCCUGGGACCCCCGCAGAACCCGCAAAAAAAACCCCUGGGACCUCCCCAGGACCCCCCAAAACCUUCCGGGACUGCCACGGGACCCCCAAAAACCCCCUGGGAUUCCCCGGGACCCCCCCCGCGCCCCCCAACACGCCGGUGCCCCCCCA